ACGCACUAUCAUCAAACAACCCUGUAGCAUAUACGAUGGCUUCUUCAUGAUCUCCCCUUGUCCUCGUCCCCGCACUCGUCCGCAAUGGCCUCAGCACACUCACCAACCACUGCUGGCAGUGAGAACACACCGGCAAUGGCGCCUGGAACGCCUCCCCAAGACGCCGCAACCAAACAGCAUCGAGACGACAUCAACGAGAUCCAAGAUCAUGAAGCGUCUCCCACAAAGAGCGUGACAGUUGCAGCUGGUCCAUCGAAGAGCCUCGACUCCGCAGUCACACCGCUCGCAUCAUCACCAUCACGCCUCAACAGGGCGUCGUCCCUCACGCAAGCUAGCAAAGAUGGUCAGCCAGCAUCGCCCUCCCCUACCCGGUCCAUGAACCUUCCACUCUCCCUAGCCUCAGCUCAAGCCUCACCGCCUGCGGCGGUUCACGUCUCACCCACCUCAUCAUCGAUGGCACCUCGCUCAGCCCGCAGUAUCAACCGGAAAAGGAUGAGCAUCGGCUACAUCGCCUCUCCCUCUCGCGACUCGCCGGCUAAGAGUAGCAGUCCGGUGCCUCCAGGUAUCGCACCCUCACCCUUGGGACCGAGUGACUUUGCUCAGCGACUCCGAAAUGCAGCUUCGGGAUCGACCGCUGAAUCUCGCCCUUCGAAGCCCAAUGGCACCUCAGACUCCUCUUCGCUCUCUCCGCCCCCCAUGAUCCGGACAGACAGCUCGUCGUCUACGACCACUCUGGGCGGGAGCAGUGGCGGUCCGCCAACGACGGUCAUGGAUCUUUCCAAGGACCUACUCGCAGACAUUGCUCGCAGAGAGCGACGUGUCUGGGAGCUCAAAGAGGAGUUGAGGCGAGAAGAGGGCGAUCUCAAAGAGCUGAGGACAAGGUGGCAGAGAUGCGUCACAAAGGACUUGGCAGCAGCAGCAGCGGCGCACACAGGCGUUGCGCAUUCAACGUCAUCCUCCAUCUCGUCAUCCAUCUCAGAUCAGCAGCAGACUUCUCCUACUUUAGCGAUGGCCCAACUUCGCUCCGCACGGCGGCAAAGCCAGCAGCCUCCUGCCCCUCUUCAGACCCAAUCGCGGAACAGCACGGAUGCUGCCUCUGCAGUGGCCGGCCCAUCAUCUCCCCCAGCAUCCCUGUCUGAUAUUCCGCAGCUCCCACCAAGCGUCACAGAUGCCCUGCGCGGCUUCUCUGCCCUCAUGCCCGCAGGACUGAGUGGUCACUAUGAUGCUCUGCUUGAGGGAUUGAACGUGCCAAAGGUUGACGGCGUGGCAGCGGUACAUCCACAGGGGGAGAAAAGACAGAGCCGCACACUGGAGGCACUCCACGAGGAGGAGGGCGAUGAGGAUGGAGCGGCUGCGACGGGUCACAGCGCAAGGUCGGCCACGAAGCAGGGGCAAGGGACGACGAGCGCUGCUCCUCGUCGAGGCAGCAGCAACCAGAGCGGUCGAUCCUCCUUUUCACCAGGUGUCCGUGUUAUUCCGAGCAACGACGCCGUCGAGGGCAGCAACAGCAAGAUCGCUGCCGCCUCAGCAUCCUCAUCCUGGACAUCAGGCUGGUCCAAACGACUUCGCGAUGCAGCCGCGAAGGCAGAGAAGGUUAUCGGAGAUGCGAUGACCGUCGAGGGGCUCUCCCCGGGAGUGGCCGGGCCCUCUGCUGCCUCCGCGAGACCUGCCUCGCCAUCUUCAGCACCAGCCGAUAGCGGCGAGGCGAAGAAAAGUCCGCAAGGUACUGCCUUGUCACCCUCCUCCUCUACGUGGGUGAAAGGCAAGAAGACGGCCACGUCACCUACCUCGUCGUCGGCGGCAGAAGAACGGCGUCCUUCCCUCUCCCCUUCCUCGUCGACUUCCUCGUCCUACUUUGCCACCUCCAACGAACGCGAGAAGCAGGCCCUCGCCUCGCGCCCUGAAGUUUCGUGGCUAGCUUCGUUCGUCAGCGGGAGCGGUACCCCCAGCCCAUCGAGCGCAAAGCCUUCGACGAGCGCCAGCACGAGCACCCGGACAACGCCGCGCAGCUCGAUGCUGUCCCGGCCUCAGUCGACUUCUUCCACUGCAACCACGGCGACCACUGCAACGACAACUCAGCGCUUGAGCGAUGAAGCCCUCCUAGCGCUGGCGGAGGGGGAUGGGUUGGUGCAUGAUGAUGUGCAGGGAGGGCAGAGGGGCCUCAUUGAUCUUGAUGCGAAGGAGGACGCGCCUCAGCCGCCGGCGAAGCAAGAGCAGACAGGUCAGGGUCUCAACGCGCCAUCGAGCGAGGAGGGACACCAGGUGGGGAAGCACGAAGAGGAGAAGCGUCUUGAUUCAUGGGAAGAGUUUUUGGCAAGGACAGAAGCGAGGAUAGGUAGUUUGGAGUCAAGCGCAGGGCAGGAGAAUCAAGAAGAACUGGGACAGAAGGCGGCCAGCGUCGCCGAGGUGGGAAGCAUAGCAGAGGCGGAGGAUGCGGAGGCGAGAUUAGAGCAACAGAAGGAGAAGCUCGAGGCGUGAGAGAGAGUGCAGGAUGCGGCGCCAUGUGCGCCAGUGAUAGAUGGAGAUGGUAACCUCAGCCGUUGAAGUAGAAGUCCGAUCUCCUCCUUGCUUCCUUCGACCUUACUUGCUUACUUGCUCUUGCUCCCUAUAAUUCAACCAUUGCACUACUU